CCGACAAGUACUGCCUCAAACUAACAUAACCAAGAAGAAAGACGGAGAAGAAAGCUGCGAAAAGUCGACAACAACGUGCACUUAUUUUUUGUCAACAGUUUCAGACUAAAACCCUCCACUACUGUUCCUCGUUCCUGUCCCGACAGACGACAACGCUGUUUCUGGAUCUAUUUUCUGUCGGAGAUGGCGGCGGUGCUGCGCCUUUCUCUCUCGCUCGAUCUCGCUGCCUCUAUCCGCCAUCUUGAAUUUUAAUGUUAGUUAAAAAAAAAAAAAAAAAAAAUAUUUCCUAUGCUAUUUUGUCGUUUACGGUCUCUUGCCAAAUUCGGAUUACUUUAACGUAGUUUUAUUUCGUCAUUUUUAUUUUUUAUUGUUCACACAACCACCGUUGUGAGUAUUGUGUGUUUGUUCUGCUUCCGACUCGAGACAUUUAAACGCUUCCCAGCGCGUGCGAGCUCUUUACGCUAUUUAAACCGCCAGCUACCGGGAUCAAUAAACGGCUCGGAACCGAGCCCCUCUGGGUCACACCGCUCGAUCUAGUGACGAGCGGGGAUCGAACCCGCAGCCGAGCAGAGGGGCGUCUGGCGGCUCGUUAAAUAACUUUUAAAAUUCGCUCGCGAUUUAUAUUCGGGCCCCCUGUGGAAGAAGCUAACCGGCCCGAUGGCUUCCACCACCACCAUCAUCGGUUAGCCCGCCGCGGUCCCCGCUGGGUGGCAGAUUUCAAACUCUAGGCCCCAGUCUUCUCCACUCGAGAGUGUUCGUCCAUCUCGGAGACUCAAUGCAACGGGACCCGGGGGCUUGUGGGCAUGAAGUGGCUGGGCGACUCCAAGAACAUGGUGUUAAAUGGCAGACGACACGGAGACAAGUUGACCGGCGAGCAGCACGUGAGCCAGACUUGCUCUCAGCACUCCCAGCGGGCGUCCCUGCGCCACAACAAAAACAGAAGUCGACGAUGUAGCCGCAGGUUCAUCGCGGCCAGUCUGGAGGCAGAGAGGCGCUAUGUGCCCUCCUCGGGAAUGACCGCCAAGGAGCUGUGUGAGCACGACGACCUGACCACGGGCCUCAUCCUGGACCAAUAUCUGGGCUUUCAGACUCACAAAAUGAACACCAGAUUUCGACCGAUUAAGGGGAGGCAGGAGGAGCUGAAGGAGAUCAUCGAGCGCUUCAAGAAGCACGACAACCUGGAGAAAGCCUUCCGCGCUCUGACGACGGGAGACUGGUCCCGAAACCUUUUCCUCCACAAGACGAAAGCUCAAGAAAAGCUCUUCAAGCAACAUGUGUUUGUGUAUCUGCGGAUGUUUGCCACCGACAGCGGCUUCGAGAUCCUCCCCUGUCACCGAUACUCGUCGGAGCAAAACGGAGCGAAAAUUGUGGCAACAAAGGAAUGGAAAAGAAACGACAAGAUGGAGCACCUGGUGGGCUGCAUCGCGGAGCUCUCUGAGAGCGAGGAGAACAUGCUGCUGCGGCACGGAGAGAACGACUUCAGCGUCAUGUACUCCACCCGCAAGAACUGUGCGCAGCUCUGGCUGGGCCCGGCUGCGUUCAUCAAUCACGAUUGUCGACCAAACUGCAAGUUUGUGUCGACAGGGCGGGACACGGCCUGCGUGAAGGUCCUGAGGGACAUCGAACCGGGAGAGGAGAUCUCGUGUUACUACGGCGACGGGUUUUUUGGGGAGAACAAUGAAUUUUGUGAAUGCUAUACAUGUGAACGACGGGGCACCGGGGCGUUCAAGUCCAAAGCCGGGCUGCCGGUGGAAGUGCCGGUGAUCAACAGCAAGUACGGGCUGCGGGAGACGGACAAGCGGCUCAACCGGCUGAAGAAGCUCGGGGAAGGAAACCGGAGCUCGGACAGCCACUCGGGCUCCCACACCGACGGGGACUCUCAGGAAAUGCCAAAAACACAUCAAUCUGCCAGAAAAAGAACGUUGUCUUCUGGCCUGAAGUACAAAAACCGGACUCAGUCCAGACAGACGCUGUCCAGAGCCCUGACUACCUCAUGCUCCAAACAAGGUCGUGUCAACGACAACAGGGUACCAAAGAGACUCGCCUCCCAGUCCAAGCCUUCGCUGAGUAAAGUCCAGCUGCGGAGUCGCCGCGGCGGCGCCGAGCCAGAGGCGUCGGCCAAAGGGGAGGAGCCCUGCCAGCCGGGCCUCCGGGACCCGAAGGUGUCGCUGUGCAAAGGCGUCGCCGCGGAGCUGACGCCGCGCGGCUGCCUGACCCGGCACGCCGCCAAGGAGAACGGCAACGUCCCGCACGGCGAGGGCGGCCCGUGUUCGGCGUACAGAACUCGCAGGUCCACGCGGACCCUCGUUACGGCCCAGGAGACGGCGCCGGCCGCCGGCGUGAAGCUGGAGCCCGGCGCCGUGGAUGGCUUGAGCCCGGUCCCCGGCGGAGCGGUCAUCAAGGCGGAGCCGGCCGACCUGGAGGAGUACCUCGGCCGCGGGGCCGGCGCCCCGGAGCCGGCGGCGGACGGCGGCUACUCCAGGCGGCGCUCGGUCUCCCGGCGGAAGCGGCCGACGCGUCUCCGCGCCGAGCGGACCAUCAAAUGCGAGGACUCGGCGUACGGCGAGCCGUUCGCGCCGCCGCCGCCGCCGCCCGCCGUCGACUUCUCGGACUGCGGGAACGUGCUGCUGAGCUUCGGCGACCGGCACCGGGACUACAACGGGGUUUCCAACGGCGGCAAGUCGCUCCGCAGGGACAAGGGGAAGGGCGGCUGCCGGUCGCAGGACAAGGCCAAGAAGAAGCGUCAGAUCACGCGAUACGACGCCCAGCUGAUCCUGGAGAACAACACGGGCAUCCCCAAGCUGACGCUCCGCCGGCGGAGGGACAGCAGCGGCGGCGGCGAGCCCGUCGGCUCCUCCCACCUCUCCGCCUCCGCGGUCAACUCGGCGGCGUGCAGCAAGAUCAGCAUCAAGUUCAGCAAGGACCACGACAAGGACAAGGCGGGCUCGUACAUCGCCAAGCUGAGCAACGGCUUCUCGCCCGCGGCGCACGGCAACUCCACCAAGCUGAAGAUCCAGCUGACGCGGGAGGACGCCGGCCAAGGCGCCGCCCACAGGACGGCGCCGGCCAAGGCGGAGCAGGCGUCCUACAACGGGGACGCCGGACAUCGGACCCAAAAGGUCCUCGCCGAGCCGUCGUCGUCGUCUUCGUCGUCCUCGUCCUCGUCGUCGUCCUCGUCCUCUUCCUCCUCGUCGUCGGACGAGGAGGAAGAGGACGAGGACGACGACGAGGACGACUACUUCGACAACGAGUUUGAGGACGAUUUCAUUCCACUUCCUCCGGCGAAGCGCCUCCGGCUCAUCGUGGGCAAAGACUCCAUAGACAUCGAUAUCUCCUCCAGGAGGAGAGAGGAUCAGUCUCUGAGGCUCAACGCGUGAGGAGCCCCCCCCCCCCCCCCCCCCUGUAAAUACAGAUGACUCGCUCAUCAACUGUCGUGUUGAUGUAAAAGAAGUACACAGUAAUUUAAAAACAAACACAAAAAUGCCGAAAUAUUCUGACUGAAGGUUCAGUCGACCUAAAACAAAUAUCUGAUGUUCACUUAUGUUCAUCACCAAGUUCAAAAAGCUAAUUUACCCAUUUAACACACACACACACACACGCUUCUGACGUCAAACCUCUCUGAUUAGAUCUGGCGUAAGUGGACUACGGAGUGUUUGUUUUAAGCUGAAUGCUCCUUUAGUGAAUGCACUUGUUCUCUUCAUAAAGACGUGGAUAUUGUAGAAAGUGUACAGUUUGGUGGUGACUCUGUCUCACAGGCAGGUUUUUAUGAACUCUGGAUUUCUGUCUCUUUUAGUUCUGUAAUUAUUAUUUUUUUUCUUCUCCUGUUUUCCGCGCCGUCGGUCGGUUCAUUUGGAUCCGGCGCCGCGUCGCCGUCGCCCCGGUAGCUCUCCUGGUAAAGAACCACUUUCUGAAUUGCAGUAAUUCAUUAAUUAUCAACAUUAUUUACUAUGUAAGUUAAUCACCCUGUUGAGUCCAAUCAUGCAAUGUGUGUGACCCCUCGAACCAAUCGUCUUCAUCACAGAAGGGUUUUCUAUGCGCGUGUGCGUGUUUAUCAUGUGCUGCCGACCACCGACACGACGUCCGCACACGGAAACGACACGCGUGACGAGCAACGCCAUCGAUGUAAAAUGGAGUUGCACAUUUUAUUUGUAUUAAUUUAUUUUCCCGCCCCCCUCAAAGAGCGCAGUAAAUAAAUUACGUUAAUUAAGCUGCAGAGUUCCAGGAGAUCAAAGCACAGCGCGGGGUUCAUUACUGUGUAACGCUGACGUGGCGUCAGAGGAAAGAACCAAAUCCCGAACAUGAAGGCUACCUAUUCGCUUUUUUUUUUUAAUGUCCAGAACGACCGACUCGCGUCCCUCAAACGUCUCUUCUCUCUUAAAGUCCAGUCUUACUUUGCUUCUUUUUUUUAAUCACUAUUAUUUCUAACCCGACUUGAGCACUCGACACUAAAAGUUUUGGUGAGGAAAAUAAAUCACAGGUGAAAUGAUCUUAUCGUAGAAUCAUGACUUAUUGUUCCUCUAUGGUGCUACUUCUUCUUCUUCUUCACCCGGACCCCCAAAUGAUGUGGGAAUACACGUUGUGUUUGUAGCAUAUUUAUGUUAUGUUUAUUUACAGGUGCUUUUUAAAAUUUGUUUUGCAAUGUAGAAAACUGUCCAUCCAACAGCAUUAGGUGCCUUAACAAAAAGAGAUUUUUUUUGGGGACACAUUUAGACCAAAUUUGUAACCAAUCAGUGAAGCGCGCCGCCGCCGAGCCACCCCCCAAAUACAUCCACACACUGCAACACGAGUCGUCUGUGGAUGUUUUUUUUUUUUAGAUUGAGCGUCGACCCGCUCCUCCUCCUCCGAGUUUAAAUGUGUACCGUUCAUAUCACCAGCAGCUGAUCUCCGGGCUCCGUGUCCGCCUCCUCUUCGUCGGACGUCUUCAUCACUGUAAACUGUCCCGGGUGUCUGUGUGUGGAGAAGAGGAAGAAAAGGAAAAAACUAAAUGUGAAUAGUUUGCAGGCCAUGUUAGCGUGUUGGUAUUGGGGGAGCGUGAGGAGCAUUAAAAGUGGACGGUGCGUAUAUUGUCCGAUAUGUAAAUCUCGUGAACACAUCUUGUACUUAUUUAACAGUUUUGAAUACUUGAAAACUAUAUAAAGUUUCUUUGUGACUCUUGUUUCCCCCCCCGAGUCUGAGCCGAGGACCGGAUGUCGACGGAAGAGCUCUGGAAAUGUUUCUAUAUUUUGUUUAUAUAUAUAUAUAUUUUUUAUUAUUGUCAACAAAUCUGACGAAAAGGGUUAAAACCAACAAUAUGACUUCCUGUUUGUGCCCAUUGGCUCCUACUGAAGAUGUACAUGUUUAAUAUUAUUUAUAGAAAUAUACAUAUCAUUUUAUAUUUAGUUAUUUAUAGAAAUAUAUUUAUAUAUAAUUAUUUAAAGAAAUAUAUCAUUUAUAGAAAUAUAUAUAAUUAUUUAAAUGUUUCUAAUAUCAGUUAUUUCCAAAAUCAGCUGGUUUUAAUCGACUCAGUGGGAGAAAAUAUGUAUUUUUUUGGGCACUAUUUUGAGUGGUGGAUGAACACAUUUGGUGAAUUUUGGGUUUGAGUAAAUACUCCACAGUGAAGGAGCUCGUCGGCCAUUAUACCGUCACUGUUGGUUUUGGGGUCUUUCUGUGAGAUUUGUUGACAAAAAAGAAAACUAUAAAAUACCACCAAACAUCCUUAAAAUUAUGUUUGCGUUUGGCGAAAACUCAUCGUCUUCAAAAAACAGUUGCAUCAGAAACGACUGCACAUUUUAAAGAUAAGAAAGUUUGCAAAUUAUGCUUUUAAAACUUCUUAAAGCUGCUCAUAUCAAUAUGUUGUUUGUAUUGGCGACGGAUCAAAUGAACUGGAAUGGGAAACUGUUGGUUUUAUGAUGUGGCUCGCAACUUUUAAUGUUUUUAUUCACUUUGCUUUCACCGGUGUUGUUUCCACCAAACGAAGCUGUGAUGAAUAAACAGCAGGUAAGAGACGAGUCGGUGGAGAGAGUGGACCAUUUGUACACACCUGUAUGUAUGACCUUUCAACUCAAACCCUGGGGGAAUAAACACAAAUGUUAUUUUUUUUAA